AUGGCCAGCGCUCCGGAUUUCGACGUCGUCAUCGUCGGUGCCGGCAUCUCAGGCAUCAACACGGCGUACCGCAUCCAGUCCAACUUCCCCCGCUACAGAUACUGCAUCCUCGAGGCGCGCGAGGCCAUCGGCGGCACGUGGGAUCUCUUCAAGUAUCCCGGGAUCCGGUCCGACUCGGACCUCUUCACGUUUGGCUUCCAGUGGUACCCGUGGAACCGCAACAACCCCAUUGCCACGGGCGAGUCCAUCCUGGAAUACCUCGCCGAGGCGUCGUCCAAGCACGGCAUCGACAAGAACAUCCGCUUCAAACACAAACUCCAGCAUGCCUCGUGGUCUACGGAAUACCAAGAAUGGACGCUGUCCGUGACCCGGGGCACCAAAGCCACGUCCAUCUCGUCGCGCUUCGUCGUCUUCGGCACCGGCUACUACGACUACAGCACGCCGCUGCAGGCGCACAUUCCCGGCCUCGACACCUUCGCCGGCCAAGUGGUCCAUCCCCAGUUCUGGCCCUCGACGCUCGACUACACCGACAAAAAGGUCGUCGUCAUCGGCUCGGGCGCCACGGCCGUCACCCUCGUGCCCAAGCUCGCGGAAAAGGCCAAGCUGGCGACCAUGCUCCAGCGCAGCCCGACGUACAUUGUCGCGCUGCCCAACCGCUCAGCCCGCUCCCUCGUCGACUACGUGCUCCCGCGCGCCGUGGCCCUGCGGCUCAAGCGGCUCCGCUGGAUCGUCACGUCGCGCCUCUUGUUCCUCUUCUGCCGGGCCUUCCCCCAGUCGGCGCGGUGGCUGUUCCGCCGCGGCACCCUGCGCCUCCUGCCGCCCACCACGUCCUUCGAUCCGCACUUCAACCCGUCCUACGACCCGUGGACGCAGCGCCUGUGCGUCUGCCCCGACGGCGACUUCUACAAGGCGCUGCACACGGGGCGCGCCGACGUGGUCACGGGCACGAUACGGACCGUCACGCCCGCCGGCAUCCAGCUCGAGGCGGGGGGGUUCCUGGACGCCGACGUCAUCGUCACGGCGACCGGGUUGAGGAUCCAGCUGGGCGGCGGCGCGACCGUCGACGUCGACGGCAGGCCCGUCGCCCCGGCGGACAAGUUUAUGUGGAGGGGCGCCAUGCUGCAGGACGUGCCGAACGCCUUCUUCGUCAUGGGGUACACGAAUGCCUCGUGGACGCUGGGCGCCGACGCGACUGCCACCUUGGCCGUGCGGCUGCUCCGGACGCUGGGGCGAAAGGGCGGCACGAGCGUGGUGCCGCGGGUGCGGAACCCCGAGGCCAUCGAGUUGGCGCCGCUGAUGAAUCUGAAUUCGACGUAUGUCAAGGCCGCGGCGGGCGCGAUGCCCAAGGCCGCGACGGGGGGGGCCUUUGCCCCGAGGGGGAAUUACUUGGCUGACGAGUUUCGCGCAAAGUACGGGAGUUUGGAUGGCUUGGAGUGGGUUCGGAGGGGGGAGGGGAAUGGCAAGGCAUAG